AUGUCUUGGCGACGCCAUGGUCUGCUGCUAGCUUGCCUGGCUCGCAGCGUUGAUGGCGAGAUUGCCUUAGGUGCUCUGGCAGGAUGGACGGCCAGUGGCUCGGAGGAGCUGGUGGCGACUAUAGCAGCACUCCUGGACUUCCGUAAGCAUUUUGAUGCGUCCUUGGUGGCCAGGUUGGGCCCACCCGUCAUCGACAUCCCAGGGGGCGUGCACGCAAAUGCAAGCACCAUAACCCUGCGUGUUGGCACAACACACCUGCAGCCGGACAUGGGAUUGGCCACAGCUUUGGACAUGAUGUUGGGCCUGGAUGGGGCGCAGCCUGCUGUGGGACUCAUUGGUGCCCGCGCAUCUGUUGUCAGCAUGCCCGUUGCUACGUUGGCGUCCGUCCAGAAGGUGCCGCAAAUUUCCUUUGGUUCAACCAGCCCGGCUCUUUCUAACAAGGCCGCGUACCCAUUCUUCUUGCGAACUGCAGCUCCAGACACCAUCCAGGCGUUCGCCCUGUGGGAAUGGAUCGUGCAGGCCGACAUUCCGAUGGUAACGUGCUUGUACUCCAUGGAAGGCUUCGGGCAGGGCUUAAUGCAGGAAAUCCAGAAGAGAUCACAACAGGCCGGCCAACCGGACCGGAUAAAGGGCAAAUCCUUGCGCUACAUGCCCCAGGACUUUGAUGCUGCGGAAGUGCGCGAGACUGUUGGAGGUUUGCGUGAUCUGGGUUCGAACUUCGUGAUUUUGGCCGUGGAGCCGAGGAUGGCUUCGCAAAUUCUGCCUGUGCUGGAAGACGAGGGCAUGCUGGGUGAAGGCUGGCAGCUCGUCGGCACGGACACGUAUGCCGACGUGACACUCCCACUGGGCUUCAUGACCUUUUUGCCAUCUGCCAUGGGCUCGCGCUUUCCAGACUUCCAGCGGCUCUGGUCCAGAAUCGAAGAAGAGGACAUCCUGAGCACGGAGGCCAGACAAGAAUACAGUCUGGACAGGAUGAAAGCACCCUUGGAUCAUGCAUCGGUUCAAAGUGUCAUUGGUGACGUUGCCAAGAUAUCGACAUGGACCGUGCUGGCCUUUGAUGCCGUGUACACUUUUCUGGUUGCCAUCAACCAGCUCUUGCAGAAGGGAGUGCCCCAGAGUGCUAUUCGGAGCGAGGUGCUUCUUGAGGAGUUGCUCAAAACUCAGUUCGUUGGAGCCUCGGGGCAGGUCAGCUUCGAUGAGAACGGCGACCGCCUAGGGGCCUACAACUUGCUGAACAUGCAGCAACUUCACAGGCAGGCGCCUCAAUCUGUUGUUGCAGCGGUGUUCAGUGCCUCCACUGGGAACUUUACCUUUCAGACAGACCUGGUUUGGAUGGAUGGGUCCCGGGGGCUGAAAGCUCCACAACGACUCUUUUUGUGCGAGAGCGGCUUCUACCAAGCGGAGUCAAGACAAUGCAGAGUUUGUCCCAGAGGCAGCAUGUGCGCAGGAGGCAAUGCUUCCUUCGUCUUGUGCCCUCGGGGAACCUUUGCAGGUAGCACGGGGAUGUCGACGUGCACUCCAUGCCCGGAAGGCCAGUUUGCUGGAGACAUCGGUUCCUUCCAGUGCAGCCCUUGCAUUCCUGGAUAUGUGGCGGCCCGCACCGGCAUGGAGGCAUGCACGCGAUGUGAGCUCGGGAGCUAUAUGCCAUUUCCCCAAGGCUCGGCCUGCCUCAUCUGCGGAGGGGGCCAGGUCACACCCGAGAGCGGCGCUGACUCCCAGUCGCAGUGCUUGUGCGACGACGAAACCUUCAUGUGCAACAACGUGUGCAAGCCCUGCCCCCAUGGUUUGUAUUGUCCCAAGGGUCUGGGCCCUCCGUUGCAGAUGCCAGGCUACUGGGCAGACCCGGCCCUUUUCAACGGAUCAGAAUCUUGCGAGGCAUCAGUUCUUCACUGCCGCAGCAAGUAUGAGUGCCCGCUCGCCGAGCUGGGGAAUUGUGCAGACGGAAGAGAAGGUCGAGCCUGCAACAACUGCAAGACCGAUCAUUUCCCGGUGAUUGAGGGUACGGGGACAGGAAGCUGCCAACCUUGUGAAGGUGGCGACUGGAUACCCGGGAUCCUCUUCUUUCUUCUCUUCUUCCUCGGCCUGAUCGUCCUCAGCGUGUUCAGAAUUGAGCCAAGCCAGACCAGCUUCAACCUGGUCACCGCGGCCUCGGUGACCGGCCAGAUGGUCGUGGCAGCGCAGACCCUGGGCUCCAUGCGCCAGCUGUCCCUCGUCUGGCAGCAUCCGGUGAAACGGCUGCUGGAGUUCACAGACCUGCUGACCCUGGACUUUGACUUCGUCCGAAUCACCUGCCUUUUCGGGACAGAUCGUCCUGUACUCAAGUUUGUCUUUCAGUUGAUGGUCUGCCCAGCUGCCUGUGCUUUCCUCCUGCUCGCGUGGCUCUUGUCAAGAUUCGUUUCUCACCCGAAGCCGCUCGACACCAUAUUGAAUAUGUGCGGGCUUUUCCUCUUCGCCUUCUUCCUCACCAUCACCCUGACCACCUUGCGCCCGUUCCAGUGUGCUCCAAAUCCGAACGGGUCCUCUUCACUUGUAUCAGACCCGGGCAUCAUCUGCUACGAGUCGGAGGAGCACAUGCUUUUCAUAUCAAUCGCGGCCAUCGGAUUCCUGACUCAGCCUUUGCCAGUUAUUGUCGGAGCUGCGUACGUCACCCUGAUGUAUCCCUCACGGGUUGCCAGCGGCAAGGGUCUUCGAAUGGUGAACCGCUACCGAUUCCUGUUCCACCGGUUUAAGUCGGAGCAAUAUUACUACGGCCUCCUCCUAUUAUGUCGCAAUGGCCUUGUUGCACUGCUUCCCAUCCUGGUCGUAGGGGCGCCCGAGGUUCAGAUGCCCUGCAUGGGCUUGAUCCUACUUGCCAGCCUCGUCAUGCAAGCCAGGCUCUACCCCUGGCGGACCGAGCAGGCAAACCAUGUGGAAGUCGUGCUUACCGUGCUCUUGCUUCUGCUCCUGAUCGGUGCUGCUCCUCUACUGAGCCACGACCUGGAGCGGUCCUCCUCGGUCCUGGGCUGGCUCCUCUGCAUUCCCGUCGUCGGCCUUGCCCUGACCUGCCUGGGCGCGCUCCUUCGUGCCUUUCUGGGCCACUUCAAGCGCAACUGCCUCUAUGGGAUGUUUCUCUGUCAUCACAAAGGCGGUGCUGGGAGCCUGUGCAGGCUCAUCAAGAUCCUUGUUGCCAGACACAGCAAGUUGCGCGUUUUCUUGGACUGCGAUCAGCUGGAGAACCUGGACCUGCUCUUUGACAUUGUCCGCUCGUCGUCCGAAAGCGUGGUGGUGGUGCUGACACCCGAGGUGCUGAAACGAGUUUGGUGCGCAGGCGAGAUCACGACAGCAUGGAAGAAUGGCAUCACCACAGUGCCGUUGCUUUGCGAUGGCUUUCGGCGGCUCUCGGACGAGGCGCAAGACCUGCUCCCAAGCUAUUGGACCCCCCAGCAGCUCCAGAUGCUCGCCAACUACGGAAUUGAGAUCGAGGAUGUCCGGCUCGCAUACCAAUGGCUGCAAGAAGAGCUGGUGCCGCUGAAUAUGCCGCGAUUUGGUCCGGUCUGGGGACGGGAGGACGUGGUUCGGGGUCUGCUUGGCCGAUGUGGAAUGCAGAGCCGUGGGAUCAGAAGAACUUUGCUUUCUCAAUCGACACCCAAGCUGUCGGCUCCGUCCAGAGCACGGAUACUCAUCAUCAGCUCGGUGGCCGACGCUGAGUCGCUUUCUUCCUGUGAAGUCUUCAUGAUUCUGCUUCAAGCGCACUUGCGUGUGGAGUGUGCUGUUGUGCUGAACAGGGGACAGAUGAUGAGGUGGAAGCCGUAUGCCUACUACCUCGUGGUGCUGCUGGUCCGUGGCAUUUUCAGCAAUCCUCGCUUUGGCGAUCUGCUUGUCACGGCGUUUUCUGCUUGGGGACGGAGCUUGGAGUUACUGACCCUCAUUGCCGAUCCACAAUUUGAGUUUCCGAACUUUGAUCAUAUCAGUCUGGAUGCAAAUGAAGAAUCGGAGAAUCUGCAUGCCAAUGGGCCAUUCGUUCAGGCCUACCGAAGCCUGGUCAACGUGUUGGCCAUGCCCUUCUCGCCGCUGGGAUCCGAGGGCCUGCAGCAGAAGCAGGUUUCGGAGAUCGCUGGCCGGAUGCACCGAUACAAGGAUCCGGCUGCGGCAGCUGCCCGCGACGAUGCGGAUGACCGGGUGCUGGAGGGGGACUCAGCCUUCGAGGAGCUGGCCUGGUGUCAACACACUUCCAUGAUGUCUGAUCUUCCGGUGGCUCUUCCAACACGUCAGGUGGCCAGGCCAGAAUUGGAGGACAUCGGCGUGCAAUCCUCGAAGCUCACGAUAUAG